GAUCGCUAGGAACGUGCUGCGGACAGAUCCGACGGAUAUGGUUCAUGUCUCUUAGGGCCCCAUUAGAACCCCCAACAAUCCCUCUUCUAAGAGCGCCCUCAACGCCGCCAUGAGCCUCGCCCGCGGACCUCCGAGGCGGUGGUCGUUGAACGAUACCUAUGGCUUCAUCGCGACGUUCUUUACGUGCCAGACGCGAGCCUACCAUCGCCGAGCGAUUGCGAGAUGUGGAGCAAUUCGGCCGCUGUCGCGACCUCUAUCGGAAAUACAGCGCGUCGAUGCGGCGCGGACUUGCGGUGGUGUUAGGGGUUCCGCGGCUCCAUUCCCGCCGUACGCCCGCCACUUCCACACGUAUUUUGUCACGCACAUCCCAUCUUCGUCGCUUCACCCCGAUUCGCGAGCUCCGAUCGGUCCUCACCACAACUUGCCGCGCUCCGCUGCGGCGCCACAUACCUCCGCCACCGGCGCCGCUCCUGUCUCCCCGCCAAACCUGCCGUCGAAUCGCGAUCUGACCGUCGUUCGCAUCCCCCUCCGCAGCGCCAAGCACCACUUCGGCGUUGCGGAAUCCAGGGGCUCCCGGCCUAGCAAUGAGGAUACCCACCAGGCCGGCACCAUCGACAUGCCUGCCUUUGCGAAACGCGGCCCUAUCAGUCUCGUUAGGAACGCCAUGAAGAAGAGCGGCGAGGCGACAUCGGCCGACAGUGCCUAUGGAGACCCUCAGAUUUUCUACUUCGCCGUCUUCGACGGCCACGGAGGCACCCAGUGCAGCGACUUCCUCCGGGACGAACUCCAUGGCUACAUAGAAGAGGCCGCUAAAGAGUUCGAGCUGAAGAGUAGCCUACGGUUACCGCGCAAGGGCCACAGGCCAAGUACAGAAUCGCCCGAAGCAUCGGCCCGGGCCGUAUCAGAUUUCGAGGCCGGCGGCCGGAAGAAGCUGGAGGGGCUGGAUAUGGAGAGCCCGGAGGCUGUCGCGGCGAAGGCCCAGAUUCCCGAAAUUGACAAGCACGGCGCGAUUCACGGAGGAAGACACCACCAUAGCGCGAUCAAGGGUCACCACCCCGUGCCAGCCGAAGGUUCCGAGUCGAAGGCCUUGCGAUUGGAGAGGGAGCUCGUGAAGGAGUACAGGAGCACGGUGGGCGGGUAUUUUAGGCGUUUCCACCCCACGCACUUCCGCUCACACCACGACUCCCACUCGCCCGAACCGCCGGUCACCGUCGAGGCCGUCCUCACGUACGCGUUUCUCCGCGCCGAUCUCGACUUCGUCUCGGCCCAGGCCCGCAAGCCGGACCCGGACGACCCGUACGUCAGCGACACCGCGCUGAACCUGGACGAGGUGCUCGGCAGCCCGUACCACAUGCCGCCGUCGGGGCAGGGGAUCGGCGGGCGGACGCGGUUCAAGGGCGGCUCGACGGCGUCGGUGGCGCUCAUCUCGACGCCGACGCCGGCGCCGUUCUGGCACCCGGCGGCGACGUCGACGCUGCUGGUGGGCCACGUGGGGGACACGCGCAUCCUGCUGUGCGAGACGGCGACGGGGCUGCCGCGGCCGCUGACGUCGGACCACCGGCCGAGCUCGCCGAGCGAGUCGCACCGGCUGCGGCGCUUCGCCACGUCGUUCGUCGCCGACUCGUUCGGCGAGGAGCGCAUCCAGGGCCUGGCCAACUCGCGCGCGUUCGGCGACGUGGCGUCGAAGCGCCUGGGCGUGUCGGCGGAGCCCGACAUCGCGCGCGCCGAGCUCGGCCCGGCCCAGUACAGCUUCCUCGUGCUCGCGUCGGACGGCGUGUCGGGGACGCUCGGCGACCAGGAGAUCGUCGACGUGGUGAAGGAGGCGCGCACGCCCGAGCAGGGCGCCCGCGACGUCGUCGCCUACGCGACCGAGGUCAGCGGCGACGGCGACAACGCGACCUGCCUGGUCGUGCGGCUCGGCGGCUGGGAGCGGCGCAGCGAGGGCGGGCUCGGCAGCCUAGGCACCAAGGAGGUGCGGGAUUUCCGCCGCAGCGAGGCGCUCGACCCGCGCAGGGGGAUACGGUGAGGAGGAGAUACCUAGGGGGUUGGCCAGGGGGAGAGGGGGUGGGGCUGAGGGUGAGGGUGAGGUGAGACGGAGAAAGAGGCGAUGCGCGG